GGGGCGGGGCGGGCGCCAGGCCCGGGGCUGUGGGCACGGUGCCCAGCCCCCGGCGCACGCCGAGCCGCCGCCGCCGCCGCCGCCGCUGCAGUCGGCAUCCAUCAGCGGGCGGGGGUGUCGCCAGCAGCCGCUCCGCAGCGCCCGCCGCCCGCCGCGGCCCGUGGCGCCCCUCACCCCGCCCGCAGAGAUGGGGACCCUCAGGCCCAGGCGUGCUGGUCACCAUGACAACAGAGACGGGCCCCGACUCUGAUGUGAAGAAGGCUCAGGAGGAGGCCCCACAGCAGCCCGAGGCCUCCGCCGCCACCACCCCUGUGACCCCCACAGGCCACGGCCACCCAGAGGCCAACGCCAAUGAGAAGCAGCCGGCCCCGCAGGACCCUCGGCCUGCCGACCAGGGCCUAGACAUGGAGGAGAAGGACUACAGUGAGGCCGACGGCCUGUCGGAGAGGACCACGCCCAGCAAGGCCCAGAAGUCGCCCCAGAAGAUUGCCAAGAAAUACAAGAGCGCCGUCUGCCGGGUCACCCUGCUCGAUGCCUCCGAGUACGAGUGCGAGGUGGAGAAGCACGGCCGGGGCCAGCUGCUCUUCGACCUGGUGUGCGAGCACCUGAACCUCCUGGAGAAGGAUUACUUCGGCCUGACCUUCUGCGACGCCGACAGCCAGAAGAACUGGCUGGACCCCUCCAAGGAAAUCAAGAAGCAGAUCCGGAGCAGCCCCUGGAAUUUUGCCUUCACAGUCAAGUUCUAUCCCCCAGACCCUGCUCAGCUGACAGAAGACAUCACCAGAUACUACCUGUGCCUGCAGCUGCGGGCGGACAUCAUCACGGGCCGCCUGCCCUGCUCCUUCGUCACGCACGCGCUGCUGGGCUCCUACGCCGUGCAGGCCGAGCUGGGCGACUAUGACGCCGAGGAGCACGUGGCCAACUACGUCAGCGAGCUCCGCUUUGCCCCCAACCAGACCCGGGAGCUGGAGGAGAGGAUCAUGGAGCUGCACAAGACGUACCGGGGCAUGACCCCGGGAGAGGCAGAGAUCCACUUCCUGGAGAACGCCAAGAAGCUUUCCAUGUACGGAGUAGACCUGCACCACGCCAAGGAUUCGGAGGGCAUCGACAUCAUGCUCGGCGUCUGCGCCAACGGCCUGCUCAUCUACCGCGACCGGCUGAGGAUCAACCGCUUUGCCUGGCCCAAGAUCCUCAAGAUCUCCUACAAGAGGAGUAACUUCUACAUCAAGAUCCGGCCGGGGGAGUACGAGCAGUUCGAGAGCACCAUUGGCUUCAAGCUCCCAAACCACCGGUCAGCCAAGAGGCUGUGGAAAGUCUGCAUCGAGCACCACACCUUCUUCCGGUUGGUGUCCCCUGAACCCCCACCCAAAGGCUUCCUGGUGAUGGGCUCCAAGUUCCGGUAUAGUGGGAGGACCCAGGCCCAGACGCGCCAGGCCAGUGCCCUCAUCGACCGGCCUGCGCCCUUAUUUGAGCGUUCCUCCAGCAAACGGUACACCAUGUCCCGCAGCCUUGAUGGAGCAGAGUUCUCCCGCCCGGCCUCCGUCAGUGAGAACCAUGAUGCAGGCCCAGAUGGUGACAAGCGGGAGGAGGAUGGCGAGUCAGGGGGUCGGCGGUCAGAGGCGGAGGAGGGCGAGCUCAGGACGCCCACCAAGAUCAAGGAGCUCAAGCCGGAGCAGGAAACCACGCCGCGACACAAGCAGGAGUUCUUAGACAAGCCGGAGGACGUGCUGCUGAAGCACCAGGCCAGCAUCAACGAGCUCAAGCGGACGCUGAAGGAGCCCAACAGCAAACUCAUCCACCGGGACCGGGACUGGGAGCGCGAGCGCCGGCUGCCCUCCUCGCCCGCCUCCCCCUCCCCCAAGGGCACCCCCGAGAAAGCCAGCGAGAGAGGAGGGCUGAGGGAGGGCUCGGAGGACAAAGUCAAGCUGCCACGGCCCAGGGCCCCUGAGAGCGACACGGGCGAGGAGGACCAGGACCAGGAGAGGGACGCGGUGUUCCUGAAGGACAACCACCUGGCCAUCGAGCGCAAGUGCUCCAGCAUCACGGUCAGCUCCACGUCCAGCCUGGAGGCCGAGGUCGACUUCACGGUCAUGGGCGACUACCAGGGCAGCGCCUUCGAGGAUUUCUCCCGCAGCCUGCCCGAGCUCGACCGGGACAAGAGUGACUCGGAGCCCGAGGGCCUGGUGUUCUCCCGGGAUCUCAGCAAGGGGGGCGCCAGCCAGGAGGACGAGUCGGGGGGCCCGGAGGACAGCCCGGACCGAGGGGCCUGCUCCACCCCGGAGCUGCCCCAGUUUGAGCCUGUGAAAGCGGAAACCAUGACCGUCAGCAGCCUUGCCAUUAGGAAGAAGAUUGAGCCGGAGGCCAUGCUCCAGACCCGAGUCAGCACUGUGGACACCGCCCAGAAAAAGUAUUUACAUACUGGGACUGGAGAAAUAGUACAACAGGUGGACGGGGCUGCCCCCGGGGGGAAGGAGUUCUUAACCACCACUCCCUCCAUCACCACGGAGACCAUCUCCACCACCAUGGAGAACAGUCUCAAGUCCGGGAAGGGGGCAGCGGCCACGAUCCCAGGCCCACCGACGGUGGCCACGGAAAUCCGUUCUCUUUCUCCGAUCAUCGGGAAAGAUGUCCUCACCAGCACCUACGGCGCCACCGCGGAAACCCUGUCCACCUCCACCACCACCCAUGUCACCAAAACUGUGAAAGGGGGGUUUUCGGAGACGAGGAUUGAGAAGAGAAUCAUCAUUACUGGGGAUGAAGAUGUGGAUCAAGACCAGGCCCUGGCUUUGGCCAUCAAGGAGGCCAAACUUCAGCAUCCGGACAUGCUGGUCACCAAAGCCGUCGUGUACAGAGAAACAGAGCCCUCCCCGGAGGAGCGGGACAGGAAGCCGCAGGAGUCCUGACCUCGGUGACGGGGAUGCUGGCAUUUCUGGUCCAACUCCAGCCAGAGAACCAUUCAGAAGGGGCCUUUGCUCUGGACUCUCCGAAUCAACACCGCCGUCCCAGCUGCGACGCGCCGUCCCCGAGGAGAGACUGGGAAGGGGAAAGCAUAUAUAUAGAGAUAUAUAGAGAUAUAGAUAUAUAUACAGGAAACACCGCGUCCUCCCACUGCUGCUGGGGCUGACCAAGCUGUCGGCCAACGGCAAUAACCAACCUCCGAACCACCCACAUUUCCUCUGCAGACAGAUCGAAGGAUGGAGGGGGAGGGAGAGGGGAUUUUUCAGGGAAACAAAACAAAACAAAAUGAGAACAACGAGGACUCCCCCAGCUCCCCCGGUUGAUGCCCAAGACCAGCCAAGGGCAGACAUCCGCCGGGCCCCCUCCCCCCGACCCCGGUUCUGCACGUCGUUCUGUUUAGUAGACGGGCACCCUCAUUUCCUUCCCCAGUGUCUGUCGUCCCCUCCCACAUGCCAAGGGAAGCACCCUGGCAGCGAAGCCGCAGGAGCAGCACACGCACCGUCAACCGUCUUCCGAGAGAGAACGAAAACCCCUACUUGGAGAGGAGGAGGAGGAGGAAGAGGAGGAGGAAGAGGAACACUGGAUUGUUAUUUUUUUGGGUCUUGACACUGGGCUGCCAAACCUACCUUCCUUUCUUCUGCCUCCCUUCCCCUUCGACUCCCGCUGGUCUUAUCGUCCUGUUCUGUCUCGGCUCCUUCCUCCCCCCCCGCCCGCCACCCACUCUGUGUCCAGGCUUGAAGAGGGCC